CCGCGGCCAGUGACAGCGCGUGAGGAAGAGCAGGGAAACUUGUGCCGCUCCGGGACUUUGUUUACGUCCCGCCAGCGCCGCUUCGCCCGGAGACUCGCUUCAGCCUCGCGGGGGUUCAGCAAGUUUGACGUCCGCGCGACACUCGUGCUGCCGCGCGCGCCGCUCCGUGAAGAAGUGAGCCGAGGACCGGCAGAAGUUUGACCGACUUCGGGAGGAGAAACGACGCGGCGGAAGAAUGAGCAACAGGGAGGACGAGUACGACUACCUGUUCAAAGUGGUGCUGAUCGGGGACUCGGGCGUCGGGAAGAGCAACCUGCUGGCCCGCUUCACCCGCAACGAGUUCAACCUGGAGAGCAAGAGCACCAUCGGGGUGGAGUUCGCCACGCGCAGCAUCCAGGUGGAGGGCAAGACCAUCAAGGCCCAGAUCUGGGACACGGCGGGGCAGGAGCGCUACCGGGCCAUCACCUCGGCGUACUACCGCGGCGCCGUGGGCGCCCUGCUGGUCUACGACAUCGCCAAGCACCUGACGUACGAGAACGCGGAGCGCUGGCUGAAGGAGCUGCAGGACCACGCCGACAGCAACAUCGUCAUCAUGCUGGUGGGCAACAAGAGCGACCUGCGCCACCUGCGGGCCGUGCCCACCGACGAGGCCACCGCCUUCGCAGAGAAGAACGGUCUGUCCUUCCUGGAGACGUCGGCGUUGGACUCCCAUAAUGUGGAGCAGGCCUUCCAGCAGAUCCUGUCAGAAAUCUACCACAUCGUGUCCCAGAGGCAGAUGUCCGGACGCAGCGACUCCGACUUUUCUCCGGCGUCCAACGUGGUUCCCAUCACCGUGGAACCGACCCAGAACUCCUCCAGCAAGGGCAUGUGCUGCCAGAGCAACUGAACUCCGCUGCUGCUGCCGCUGCUGCUCCAUCACCUCCUCCUGCUGCUCCUCCUCUUCCUCCUGCUGCUCCAUCACCUCCUCCUCCUCUUCCUCCUCCUCCUCCUCCUCCUCCUCUUCCUCUUCCUCCUCCUCUUCCUCCUCCUCUUCCUCUUCCUCCUCCUCCUCCUGCGCUGUAAUGUUUCCUGUUCUGUUUCUCUUUAUAAAAUCUCCAUCGUCAUUUUCUUUGAGCUCCGUUUCUCCAGGCCCGUCAACACCUCCACACACUCCAGCAGUUCCCAACCACAGGUCCAGGGCCGCUUCAGGGGACGCCACAGGUCUCAGGAGCGGCCGGCGCUCUGCCUGAUUGGACGCUGUUAAAUUUAGUUUUGCACUUUUUUGAUUGAAGGCGGGUUCAGAAACGAUGAGGGAAACGACAGGGCUCGGUGGGUGGGCGUGUCCUCUGAAGGUGGGCGUGUCCUAGGGGGUGGGCGUGUCCUCUGAAGGUGGGCAUGUCCUCCAAAGGCUUGUGGUAUGAGGAGCAGGGUGCUUGACCUUUGACCCUGAGCCUACCCCGGGCUGCGGCUCCUUCACGCUGGCGUCCGUAGCCAAUCAGAGACCUGCUGGACCUCGGCAGCCUUUCUGAGGGCCUGUUGCUACGGCAACUAUUUCAAGCGAAGACAGACCUUUGGAGUGUUUUGGGGUCUUUUAGACCACAGAGCUCUGAACAGAACUCUGGAAAUCCGUCUCCAUGGAAACAACGGAAACUCUGGUCCAGAGCGUCGCGACUCCCGGUCCACUUUCUCCUGGUGCUGGUCCUGGUCCUGAUCCUAGUCCUGGUGGUCUGGUUUAAUUACCAACAGCACUAACUCGUGGACAGACAUGAGAACAUGGUUUACAGCGUUUCUGCUGUUUCCGUGGAAACAGACGAUUUCAAAAACUUGCUGCGAACUGUUGAGGUGAAACUUUUGAAAACAAAAACUGAAGUGUUUUCAGCUGAAACUCUAACGGCUCCGAGGCUCUGGAGGCCCUGCUGCCGGAGAUCUGCUGGCUUCUGGUGGUUUUCUGGGGGUGAGGGGGGCGGGGGCGGGGUGAGGGGGGUUCAGAGUAGCUGCUGUCUCGUAGCAGGAUGAAGGUCUGGACCAUAUCUCUGGAGAGGAGGCGGUGAGAGCGAUCGGCUUCAGGGUUCAGGGUUCAGGGUUGGUUGAGGGUUCAGGACCGGUUCAGGGUCUCUCAGUGGAGCAGGAGGAGGAGGAUGGGGGGGGGGGGGGGGCAGACUUGGUCCAGGGGUCCUGGGCUGCAGCUCUUCUCUUCAGUUUCUUAAACUGGUGUCGGUUUGUUUGUUUUUUAUCUUCUAUUCUAAUAUGUGUAUAUUUGAACUUUGACCUGCGUCUGUAAAAACAGUAAAGUCAAAUAAAGCAAGUCCUUUGUUACA